AGCGGAGACAGCAGCCUCCGAAUCAACAGCUUCAAGCAAAACCACGAUGCAGUUUCUGUUACCAGCGUCCUUCACACCAGACAACACCCCCGUCCCCACCAACCCAGCAGUGAGAGUGCACCAGCUGCCUGCUCGCCUGAUUGGUGCUCUCACAUUCUCUGGCCUCACGACUGACUCGGUGCUGCAGCAGAGAUCGCAGGAGCUGAGGAGUGCGCUGGAGAAAGCCGGGUACGGCAUUGCAGGGCAGUAUGUGCUCGCUCGAUACAAUGACCCGUUCACCAUUCCGUGGUUUCGCACGAAUGAGAUCUUGUAUCCGCUGAAAGAGGGUAGUAGAAAGGAGAGCGGCUCAUGAGCAUGCAAGAGUGCACUAGCUGC